CAGGCUAAGCAUAUUUAUCGCUGGGCAUUAAGGACGUUUUUAAAAUGAUUUGCCAAUUGAAAGCUAUCGUUGUAUGGAUUUUCCUCGUACCUCAACUCACAGAUGGCGGAAGUGUCACAUGGUAUGAACCCACUCCGGCCAAGACAACAUCGGAUCAAAAUGAAGUUCUCCCCCCUGGCAAAUUACAGGUUUAUGAAGGAUCUUCUGCUGUGCUGCAGUGGAACUACAGUCUGACAUCAGAUAUUGUUGCGACUCUCAUAACAUUUAAAGGUGCUACUAUAGUCAGCAUUAAGUCUGAUGGAAAAGCUGGUGAUGUUUCUGCUAAUUUUACUGAACGGUUCAGCGUAUUAAGUUCGACCAAACAAACCGCUUCUCUGUCUAUCUCUCACGUCAUUUUUGCUGAUGAUAAGGCUAAUGGAGAAUUCACCUGUGAGGUACUUACCCUCAAUAAUGAACGUUGGAAACGUGCAAUUCAAGUGCAAGUCCUAGCUCCAGUGAAGAUAACUGAUCAAGUAAGAGGUGACCAAGUAGUACCUAAAGGGGGAGACCUCCACUUGUUCUGUAAGGUAACUGGUAGGCCAGCACCAAAUAUUACCUGGACCAGAGUCCCUACUGGUGUUAGCACUGAAAUAAAGCACUAUGGACCCACUUGGGAUUUUACAAACAUUAAUGUCACUGAUUCUGGAACAUACAGCUGCGUAGCUGAUAAUAAAGUCGAGGAUCCUGUUAGAGGCCAAGCAGUUAAAGUGAUUGUUGUUGGUAAGUAUAUUUUGAUACAGAGCUUUGAUCCUGUGAAGCCAUUCAAUCACAAAUGGAGAAUUUCACUCUUUCAGUCAGUUUAUUAAGACUCAAAGAGCUGAGACAAAUUGUCUCCUGGUUAAAAGUGCUUAGUGUGCAUGUUAACCUUUUGACUCCUAAGAAUGAUUAGCAUCUAAAUUCUCCUUACAAUAUCACCUCUGAAUCACACAUUAAAGUCACUAGAUUAAAGGAAAUGA